AUGUCUUUGGCGACCAACUUUCCACAUAAUAAAAAACGAACGCUGUAUGUUGGUGGUUUUGGCGAAGAGGUUAAUGAGAAAAUAUUGCAAGCUGGCUUCAUACCUUUCGGUGAAAUUGUUAGUAUAUCAAUUCCUUUGGAUUAUGAAACGGGCAAGCAUCGUGGAUUCGGAUUUGUGGAAUACGAACUUGCGGAAGAUGCUGCUGCAGCAAUAGAUAAUAUGAAUGAUUCGGAAUUAUUCGGGCGAACAAUCCGAUGCAAUUUUGCUCGACCGCCAAAGGCAAAUGAAAGAAGCCAAAGGCCGGUAUGGGCGGAUGAUGAAUGGCUUAAAACUUAUGGAACUGGAGAGGGUACAUCGAAGGAAUGUGAUAAGGAGAGCAAUGCGGUCCCUGAGCAAGUGGUAGGAACAGUUAAACUGCUUCUUCCACGAGUAUAUUUGGGAAUCAAAAUUGGAAUCAGGUAUAUAGGAAGAAUAGUGAUCGAAUUACGGCCUGAUGUAGUUCCAAAAACAGCGGAAAAUUUUCGGCAGCUCUGUACCGGAGAAAAGGGUUUUGGUUACGAAGGUUCACACUUUCAUAGGAUAAUUCCACGUUUCAUGAUACAAGCCGGGGAUUUCACGAAGGGAGAUGGGACAGGCGGAAAAUCAAUAUAUGGUUCUAAAUUUGCGGAUGAAAAUUUCAAGCUAAAGCACACUAUGGCCGGAAUUGUUUCAAUGGCAAACUGUGGACCUGAUACGAAUAGUUCGCAGUUUUUUAUCUGCACCGAAAAAACGGAUUGGCUAGAUAAUAAACAUGUUGUUUUUGGACAUGUUAUUGAAGGGAUGAACAUUGUCAGGCAGAUCGAACAGCAGGGAAGUAAAAGUGGAAAACCUAUGAUGCAGGUGACAAUUGUGGAAUGUGGUGAGUUGAAACAGGAAACGAAAAGCAACACAGGAACUGUGGAAGAUUUGUGA